AUGGAUAGAAAGAUAUUUAUAUUUUUAACAUUUAUUACUUCAAAUUAUCUCACGGCUGGCAAGUUGUACGUUAAUGUCAGCGGCGAUAUAACACUUGGAGCGCUUUUUCCCGUCCACAAGAAAGGCUCCGACGGCAAGAGCUGCGGUAAUAUUCAGCUAGAAGAUGGUAUUCAACCUCUAGAGGCAAUGCUUUUCACUGUACAACAGAUAAAUCAAAAUCCGAGAAUCCUACCGGGGAUAAAACUCGGUGUUCUUGCUUUUGAUUCCUGUGACAAUCCAAAUCAUGCGCUGCAGCAGGCAUUGAAUUUCGUAAAGGGGUUCAUAGCUCACGUGAACGAAUACCACGACACGGAAUUCCAGUGCUCAGACGGGAGCGUUCCAAGAUUUCUGGGCGGAGGGUUUGAUAAAGUCGUCUCAGUUCUUGCCGCCCAGUCGAGUUCCGUAACGCUACAGGUUGCCUCGAUGCUCCGACUAUUUGGUGUACCUCAAAUAUCAUACAUGGCGACUUCACCAUCGCUGAGUAGCAAAGAAAAAUAUCCGCAUUUUUUUCGAACCGUACCAAGUGACAUGAAUCAAGCGCACGCUAUGCUAGAAAUUCUCAAGCGAUUUGAGUGGACUUAUGUGUCAGUGGUCUACUCCGACACCGAGUACGGUAAUCACGGAUACGAGACCUUAGUUUCGCUGGCCAACAACUAUUCAAUCUGCUUCAGUGCGCCACAGAGGAUAGACAAGGAGCAUUUCGUAGCAGAAGACUACGAUAACGUCAUUCGUACAAUCACUAACAAAACUCAAGUUAGAGUGGUAGUACUUUUCGCGGAGAAAACAACAACUCUUCGAGUACUCGAAGCCGCCCGACGACUUGGAGUUGGCACGAGAUUUGUGUGGAUUGGAAGCGACGCUUGGCCAAGUACAAAUCAUCGUGAUUUGCACAGUUCGGGAAAUUACAAUAGGGACCAAGAAACUGUUGUGCUGGAGGGGGCGCUUGCUGUUCAACCCUUGUCGAGACACUUGGGUGGUUUUGAUGAUUACUUUACUAAUCUGACCCUAAGUCACGCUGAAGUCAAUCCUUGGUUUCAGGAACUUUGGCAGGAGUACCAUAAGUGUGAUAAAGAUACUUUGGAUGGCUGUGAUGAUCCAUCAAUGAAAAUGAAAUAUCGCACAGCUUACAAGCAGCAAAGAUUCAUCCACUUCGUUCGGGACGCGGUUUACGCGGUGGCUCAUGCGUUGCAUAAUCUACAGGUGGAGGCAUGUGGGAAGAAUUUCAUCGGUAUUUGCGACAGAAUGAGACAUAUAGACGGUGAAACUCUGUCAAAGUACUUGAGCACGGUCACGUUCAAAGAUGAAGCCGGUAAUCCAUUUAGGUUCGUUAACAAAGUUGACGGUCCACCCCGCUAUUCUAUUUUGAAUUUCCAGCGCGAAGACGACGGAACUUAUCGCUGGCACGUUGUCGGCAAUUAUACCCAAACGAACGGCGAGAAGUCGGUUUUGUUCGUCGACGAAACAAAGUUAAAAUAUCGCAACGAAAAUGAAUCAGGAGCGAAAUUUUUCCCCAGAUCGGCUUGCUCGUCGCCUUGCCAGCAUAACCAGGUCGCUGUUAGGGAAAAACAGGACGCUUGUUGCUGGCACUGCCAAGAUUGUGGCUCCUAUCAAUUCAAAGCUGACGAGCACCGCUGCCAAGACUGCGAAAAAGGAAAAAAGCCCACCAGUGACAGAAAAAGUUGCGAAUUAGUCGAGGAAGAAUUUAUUGAUUACUCGAGUCCUUGGGCCGUCGGCGCGAUGGCUGUUGCUAGUUGCGGAAUACUAGCGACUAUCUUUGUACUAUCAGUUCUCUGGAUUUACAGCGACACGCCGAUAAUAAAAGCCUCCGGUCGCGAAUUGUCCUCGCUAUUAUUGGUAGGAACGCUGAUAUCAUUUCUGAUGACGUUCGCUAUUGUCGCGGAACCGAAUGUCGAGACUUGUGCAAUCACCAGGUUCGGAGUUGGCUUCUGCUACACGCUUUGCUACGCGGCUCUGGUCACUAAGACCAACAGGAUCCACAGGAUCUUCAAUAAAAAGUGCCAUAGCCCUCACAAGCCGAAAUACACCAGUCCGAAGUCGCAAAUUGUUAUUACGGGGCUUAUUACUUCUGUGGAAGUUUUUAUCAAUGCUCUGUGGCUGUACAUUGUACCCUCGUCGAUUUUGUAUUCGUAUCCUUCAAGAGAUACUAGGAUACGCAUCUGCAGCGGGCUUGAUGAUGAAAAAUGCCCGGAUGGAUUCAACGAAACCAAACACAUUGCCUUCACGAAUUACACGACAUUGAUACUCUGGUUAGCGUUCGUGCCACUGUACCUGGCGUUCACCAGUAAUGCAAUCAGAGUUGUUACACUGGCGCUGUCACUCUCUUUGAGCGGAAUCGCCCAACUUGGGUGCUUGUUUUUUCCAAAAGUUUAUAUCGUGCUGAUGAAGCCGGAGAAAAACACGAAAGAACUUGUUAUGGCCCAUCACAGAAGUUCCUGUUAUUUGUCGUCAUCCGCAGCGACGCCAAUUGUUGUUCUCAAUGGGAAUUAUUUGAAAAACAUUCAAGGUAAUGAAUCAUUACUAAGAUCAUCACGUAAUAGUAGUACAACUUCAACUUUAUGUAAUACAAAGCCAUUGAUUGAUAUAAAUACGUCGAACGAAGCAAUUAAUGAAAACACCGAGUCAGAAUUAAAGCUGACGUAG